AUGCAGGGCGGCAACCACAUGCUCCUCGAGGAGCCCGUCCGCCUCGCCUCCGUCCUCGCCCCCGCCAAGCCCAAAGUUUUCCCAUCCCUCACUAAGAUUGUUGGGACGCUUGGGCCCAACUCGCACUCAGUCGAAGUGAUUGAAGAAUGUCUCACUGCUGGGAUGUCAGUUGCGCGGUUUGAUUUCUCUUGGAAGGAUGCUACUUAUCAUCAGGAGACCCUCGACAAUCUGAGGAAAGCGGCACAGAAUGUGAAGAAGUUAUGUCCUAUAAUGCUGGAUACAGUGGGUCCAGAAAUUCAGGUUCACAAUUCAACUGGUGGAGCAAUCGAGUUGAUAGGGGGGAAUCAUGUCACAAUAACACCAGAUCUUUCUAAAGCUCCUUCGGCUGAUAUCCUACCAAUUAAAUUUGGCGAUCUUGCAAAAGUUGUGAAGAAGGGUGAUACUCUUUUCAUUGGUCAAUAUCUUUUCACAGGAAGUGAAACAACAUCUCUAUGGCUUGAAGUUACGGAGACUUCUGGUGCAGAAGUGAUUUGUUACGUGAAGAACACAGCUACACUGUCAGGGCCCAUUUUCACUCUGCAUGUUUCACAAGUACAUAUCAGUAUGCCCACUUUGAGUGAAUAUGAUAAACAGGUCAUAUCAACGUGGGGGCUGCAAAACAGUGUUGACAUUAUAUCGCUUUCCCAUACCCGCUCUUCUGAAGAUGUCAGGGAGCUUAGAGCCUUUUUAAAAUCUCAUGAUCUUCAAGACACACAGAUAUAUGCGAAGGUUGAAAAUGCUGAGGGUUUGGAGCAUUUUGAUGAAAUUCUCCAAGAGGCGGAUGGUAUCAUCAUAUCGCGAGGAGACCUGGGAAUUGACCUCCCACCAGAGAGGGUAAAUUUUGGUCUUCCUCAAAAUACCCAAUUUUUGCACCUUGUGUUCAUGUCCCAAAAGACUGGUAUUCAUAAAUGCAACAUGGCCGGCAAACCUGUGAUCAUUACUAGAGUUGUGGACAGCAUGAUUGACAAUCUGCGCCCUACUCGCGCAGAAGCUACUGAUGUUGCAAAUGCUGUCCUAGAUGGAACUGAUGGCAUUUUGCUCGGUGCGGAGACACUUCGAGGGCAGUAUCCUGUUGACGCUGUGCGUACUGUGGGCAGAAUAUGUGCAGAAGCUGAGACCGUGUAUAACCAGUCACUUCACUUCAAGAAAGUAGUGAGGCAUGUAGGUGAACCAAUGGUCCAUGAAGAAUCUGUGGCAUCAUCAGCGGUUCGUUCUGCAAUGAAGGUAAAAGCUGCUGCAAUUGUUGUGUUCACCUUCUCGGGGAGAGCUGCUAGGUUAAUUGCUAAAUACAGGGCCCCAAUGCCAGUUUUAGCAGUUGUGUUCCCGCGUGAGGGCUCUGAUCCAUCGAAGUGGCGUUCUUAUGGCACGACACAGGCGAGGCAAUGUUUUUCUGUGAGAGGUGUCUACCCUUUGAUGGGGAGUACUGACGAUGCUGAAACUGGUGGGCUCACCAAGGAAGAAUACGGGAUAAAACUUGCACUGAACUAUGGCCGGUCAGUAGGCAUAAUAAAGCCAUACGACAGGGUGAUUAUUUUUGAAAAGAUCGGUGAUUCCUCUGUUGUCAAGAUCAUCGAGUGCGACGAUUCUGAAAGAUGA